GUUAUAUACAAAAUAGGGAAAUACUCUUGCUACUAUGCACAUUUGACCUUGCAUAUGUGCGCAAGUUUAAGGUCGCCUGAAGCAACCUACGCUUAUGUCCCAUGAACUUACGGGCCAAAUUGUACAAUUAAAUUCCUAGGUUUGCAUUAGUAUUAAACCGCCAAGAAUGGUAAUUCGUGCGUCGCCCCCAGCAUCCGUCGUCGCGAGACGUAGGGUGAACCCAAGUGCUCCUUACACCAGUCCUAAGGAGAAAACAUGUUAUUCCGAGUUCUUGGGAAAACCGGUCUCACAUGUCGGAGGCAUUUCGGCCGCAAGGUCGGGUCCAUGGUCCAGCAGCGCAUUUACCGCAUCGCGACACGGGUCUAGAGCCGAUGGCGAUUCACCUCUUCCCAGCCAACCAAAGACGCCCAAUCAGCCGCCUUCUGUAGCACAGCCGUCACCUCAGUUGCCCUCCUCGCCUCCACCCUCUCUGCAGCACGAACCACAUCAACCACCCAGGAAGGCCCACUCAUACAGUUUGAAGCCCGCAACUCGCGCCCUGCUUGCCAAGAGGAGGGAGGAGCAGGUGGUUCGGCGCAAGGAGCAGCCAGAAAAGCAGCAACAGCGGCAGCUGCAUCAACAAGGGACGGACUUGCAGCAGCAACGACAACAGGAGGGGGCACCCGGUCAAACAUGUUUGCCCACAUCUGGGGAAGCCCCGAAAGCGGAGGGCUCCGGCGUUGUAACGUUUUUUCGCUUCUGGCACGAUGAGAAGCUCUUCAAGGGCCGCGGGGCUGACUGUCUGGUGCGUGCGGCGCUAGCGGCGGCAGGCGGGCAGCGGGCGGGCGGCCAUGCUAAGGAGCACCCGGAGCGGGGCCCGCUGGGGUGGCAGCGGCUGGGGCGGUGGGAGGUGCUGUGGAGCCCGGCCAGCACUGCCAUGCAGGCCGCGGAGCAGGGUCCCUCCCCCCGCCAGCUGCUUAGCGCGGUACCCGGCACCCGCAGCCUCAGCGGCAAGCAGAACCUAGCGGACACCCUCACACAGG